CGCGAGUAGUGAAACGGAAAAGCACAGACCAGAAAGAGGAGCCCCAGGAAACUCAGACUAUCGAUCUCUGACGCUGAUAGAAAGUUCAAGAAAACAGGCGGUAGUGCACAGAAAACAGUUUUCAGUGAACGCAGAGAGAUAGCAAGGGUUUGCAGUUCGUUGCAACCCAGAGGGCAGGGAGGUCAGGUGCAAGGGGCGGGAGCUCCGGCCAUGGGCCUGGCUGGGGCGGGCCAGCCGGCGGGGCAUUUAAACCACAGUCGACCGCGACGGGGACGCGCGCCAGCUUUGUACCCUCUGUCGUCCCAGCUCCGGGUACCACCCACGCAAGAUGCGGUCUUCCCUGGCUCCGGGUGUCUGGUUCCUCCGUGCCUUCUCUAGGGACAGCUGGUUCCGUGGCUUCAUCCUGCUGCUCACCUUCCUCGUUUAUGCCUGUUAUCACAUGUCCAGAAAACCCAUCAGCAUCGUUAAGAGCCGCCUGCACCAGAACUGCUCAGAGCUGGUCAUUCCCAAUAAUGACACCCACGAUCCCAAUGACACCACGUGGUGCAGCUGGAGUCCAUUUGACAAAGAUGACUACAAAGAGUUACUGGGCGCUGUGGACAAUGCCUUCCUAGUGGCUUAUGCCAUUGGCAUGUUUAUCAGUGGGAUCUUUGGGGAGCGGCUGCCCCUCCGUUACUACCUGUCAGCUGGCAUGGUGCUCAGCGGCCUGUUCACCUCCCUCUUUGGCCUGGGGUACUUCUGGAAUAUCCACAUGCUCUGGUACUUUGUGCUUAUCCAGAUCUGCAACGGGCUUGUUCAGACCACAGGCUGGCCGUCCGUGGUGACCUGUGUUGGCAACUGGUUUGGAAAGGGAAAGCGGGGAUUCAUCAUGGGCAUCUGGAAUUCCCACACUUCUGUGGGCAACAUUCUGGGCUCCCUGAUCGCCGGAGUCUGGGUGAACCAGCAGUGGGGCCUGUCGUUUAUCGUGCCUGGCAUUAUCACCGCUGUCAUGGGAGUCGUUACUUUCCUCUUUCUCAUUGAAUAUCCAGAAGAUGUGGACUGUACCCCUCCUCAGCACCAUAGUGACCAGGAGAAGGGACCAGACAAUCCUGAGGAUCCUGAGAAUGGUCCCUAUUCCCGCAGAGACAGUAACGUGGACAUUGUAGCCAGCUCCUCCAAGGAGCAGGGCUCUGAGCCUGCAGCCAUCAGUUUUCUGGGGGCACUGAAAAUUCCGGGUGUGAUCGAGUUCUCAUUAUGUCUGCUAUUUGCCAAGUUGGUCAGCUACACCUUCCUCUACUGGCUGCCCUUGUACAUCUUCAAUGUGGCUCACUUUAGUGCCAAGGAGGCUGGGGACCUAUCCACACUCUUCGAUGUUGGUGGCAUCAUAGGUGGCAUCAUGGCAGGGCUCAUCAGUGACUACACCAAUGGCAGGGCCACCACUUGCUGCAUCAUGCUGAUUUUGGCUGCUCCCAUGAUGUUCCUGUACAACUACAUUGGCCAGAAUGGAAUAGCCAGCUCCAUAGUGAUGUUGAUUAUCUGUGGGGUCCUGGUCAAUGGCCCGUAUGCACUGAUCACCACAGCAGUCUCUGCUGACCUGGGCACACAUGAGAGCCUGAAGGGUAACGCCAAGGCCCUCUCCACGGUCACAGCCAUCAUUGACGGCACCGGCUCCAUAGGUGCGGCCCUGGGGCCCCUACUGGCUGGCCUGAUUUCCCCCACGGGCUGGAACAACGUCUUCUACAUGCUCAUCUCUGCCGACAUCCUGGCUUGCUUGCUCCUCUGCAGGUUGGUGUACAAAGAGAUCCUGGCCUGGAAGAUGUCCCGGAGCAGAAACAGUGGCUCUAACCUGGCCCUAACCCACCCACGAUAGUAUUUUCCUCAAGUCCCAUGAGUUUAUACAAACAAAUAUGAGGCCUCGAUUGGAAGACCAGCAUUAGGGUCCCUGCUGGGUGCUCCCCAUGAGCAAGAGAGUGGAAAACUUCCAUCAUAAGGCGAGGCAAAGCCUCCUGAUCCAACCAGUUCAGCCCAAACCCGCCCUGCCUCUAAGGGUACAGAAGACUAUGGGAAGGGACUGCCGAGCACCAAGCAUGGGAAAUGGAAGACCUCAAGGCCUGAGCUCUGGGAGCUGCAAGCAGAAGGGAAGGCAUAUUCAGACUCUUGCUUGUUUGGAUUCCAAGCAAGAGCCAAGGCCUAGAAAAGGUGCCUAGCUCCUUCCCAUGUUAAAUUAUAACCUCUAUAAUUGGUCUGUACCUAUGCGGGCAUGUCACCUUGUUUCAAAGGUGCUGGGCCUCACUGUGUCCCUUUUGUCCAUGAACUAGUCUUUGUGUGUUUCCCCAAGUAGGGCCCUCUUGUCUAUCCUCCACUGAUCCUGUUGGCAACUCGGCCACUUUGAAGCACUAGCACUGCUCCUGCAGAGCCAAGGCUAGAGUGGAGCAAGGGAGCUUCCCUGAGUACUGCGUGUAGGGGGAGCUCACUCUGCUCCUGAGCACAUCCAUCCGGUACCUCCCUGGCCUCCCCGGAAAGAUGCCUCAGUGGGUGAAGACACUGGGGUCACUGCUGUGAAGACUAAGGGGUGUUGGGCACAACUGAAAAUGCCAGUGUGUGUUAAGCACAUGGCAGCUCUCCUGUAGGAAUGAACAAGAAAAUGGUCAGCACUGAGCAUAGGCGUCAAGUUUAGCAAGAAUGAGUAUACCACUUGAUUCAUCCAAGUAGCUGCUACGUAGCAGUUGCGUGGAGUCAUCUUGCAGCCACCCUCUUGCCUGGUGUUCUGUGCACAUGCUCCUUCCACUCUGAGUCCUCGAUCAUGACAUGCCAGGCUGACACCUGGCAUUUCCACAUGACCUCCAAGCUGCCCAUCAGCACCAAUACAGAUUUGUUUUGUCAA